GUGGCGGGCAUGAUAACAAAUCCAGGAGGGUUGCACGCGGGUUCGAGUUGUCAUUGUUGGGGUUGUUCUGUUGUGCUUGGAGGCUGCACGAUAUUGGAGCGCGGUAACUCUUGACUGCCGGUCCGAUGGCGCUUCUCCGGAGUAUGUGGAGCUUGCUAAGUAACCUGGGGAGGUCCGGAGCGGUGCUGUGCACUGGCUGUGGAAGUCGACUGCGCAUACCCUUAAGUUUUGUGUAUAUACCAAGAUGGUUUUCAUCUGACUUGACUAAUUAUCCAAAGAAACCUAUGUCUUCAUACCUUCGAUUUUCUAAAGAACAGCUACCCAUAAUUAGAGCUCAGAACCCAGAUGUGAAAAAUACAGAACUAAUUAAAAAAAUCGCCGAGCUAUGGAGGAAACUUCCUGAUUCAGAGAAAAAAAUAUAUGAAGACGCAUCCAGGGCAGCCUGGGAGGCAUACAAAGAAGAGAUAAACAAAAUUCAAGAACAGCUAACGCCAACUCAGAUUGUAUCUUUGGAAAAAGAAAUCAUGCAAAAACGUUUAAAAAAGAAAGCAUUAAUAAAAAAAAGAGAGUUAACAAUACUUGGAAAACCAAAAAGACCUCGCACAGCUUAUAACAUUUUUGUAUCUGAAUGCUUCCAAGAUGCAAGGGAUGAUUCAUCACAGGCAAAGCUGAAGACUAUAAAUGAAGCCUGGAAAAAUAUGUCUAGUUCUCAAAAGCAAGUAUAUUUUCAGUUUGCUAAAGAUGAUAAAAUUCGUUAUGAAAAUGAAAUGAAAUCUUGGGAAGAACAAAUGAUUGAAGUUGGACGGAAUGAUCUUAUACGUCGCAGAAUAAAACUUCCAAAAGAUGUCAUCAAGGAGAACUAAAGUAGAAGAUUGUGUUCAUGAUGGAUAGGCACAAAACAAUUAGGUCUCAAUACCUGAAGCUACUGUAAAAUUAGAAAGGAUAAAGUUGGUAAACAUUUUAUAUUCAAUUCUUUUUUCUUUAGUCCAUGGACUUGCGCUGGUUUAAUACAUUUUGUAUUUAGCUUGCUUUGGAAAACCUAAACAUAAAAGUUUAUGCAAAAUUUAUUUUGUGUUUAGAAAUUACUGAGAAUCAAAAUAAUCCAUGCAAAUGUAGAAGUGAAUUGUUUUACCUUUGAUAAAGGUCUAUCAGACUGUGAAGUUAUUCUAUCAGACUGAAGAGUAUUCUUGUUUCCUUAUGUUAUGGAGGCAGAAGUUUCCAUUUCAAAAUUGUCACAAAUUGUAGGAGCCACAGUGUUCUAUGAUGUAUUUAUGCGAUUUUAAAAAAGCAGCCAGAACACUUUGAAAUAAAUUUCAGUUCUUAGGUAUAAUUCAUAUUAUGCUCAAGAGUUGAUGGUUGUACACAGAAGUGAUUGCUGGUUUCAGUUGCAACUUUUUAUAAAAGGAACCUAGAUUUAUAAACUUUUUCUUCUGGUUGUCUUUUUCCUAAAGUAAAAACUAAAGAAUUAUGUACCAAAUCUAUGCAUAUUGUUUUAUAUUGCAUAGAAUAAAAAUUUUAAUCUUUAAUUUUA